UCACAUCCAUACAACGCACGGGCUAACGUCUAAUGGUUCAACUCUCUCUCUCUCUCUCUUCACACUCUCACUCUCACAUAAAUAUCCCUCGAUGCUCUGCUCCUCGGUACGCGUUCUGAUCCAAAGAAACCCACGAAUCCUCACAAAACAAUUCUCUCGUCCUCCAAAGCCAACCCAUCUCGAUUACCUUCCCAUUUCUUCGACUACUUCGCUUUACUCGCGAUUGAAAUCAGAUUUCCCGUCAGGGUCAUCGCGGUUGCACGUACACCAGAAGACCAGAACUCCAACGAUAGGACUCGUGCUGUGUAGCUUGAGAUCGGAUCGUAAAAUGGCAAGCCAAUCCGAGAAGCCCAAAUCUGUCCACGAGUUCACCGUCAAGGAUGCUAGAGGAAAUGAUGUUGAUCUUAGCCAGUAUAAAGGGAAAGUCUUGCUGAUUGUGAAUGUUGCUUCUCAAUGUGGGUUGACCAAUUCCAACUACACAGAGUUGAGCAAGUUGUACGAGAAGUACAAAGAUCAAGGUCUGGAGAUUCUUGCAUUCCCGUGCAAUCAAUUUGGCGGUCAGGAGCCCGGGGAUAACGAGCAGAUAAUGGAGUUUGCUUGCACUCGCUUCAAGGCUGAAUUUCCCAUAUUUGAUAAGGUUGAUGUCAAUGGUGAGAAAACUGCUCCAAUAUACAAGUUCCUGAAAUCAAGCAAAGGUGGAAUUCUGGGUGACGGCAUUAAGUGGAAUUUUGCCAAGUUCCUGGUCGAUAAAGAUGGGAACGUUGUUGAUCGUUAUGCUCCCACAACUUCCCCGCUUAGCUUCGAGAAGGACGUCAAGAAACUGCUGGGGACUGCCUGAGUGCUGAGUUCUGAUUGCUUUUAUCAAGUUUUCUCUAAUGAAGCACACUUCUGUGCGGGUAGUCACAUAAUAAAGCGUUACGAUGAGGGUUUCAUGUUUAUUCCCGCUUUAAUAUAAGCUUAUGCAUCUCAUCUUCCAUUGGAGAAGUGUUUUUUCCAGUGUUAAAGUUUGGUUUUCUAGUGUACUGUUUUUGUUCUGUGUUUGUGCAACUUUCCUGCAUACGGUAUGCUAUUCCAUUCAGGUUAAUUGUACUAAUAAAUAAAAUAAAUAAUUCGUCUG